CUAGCCAGGAUUGCUGUGCCGAAGAAGCUCUUGAGGUGGGUGGAGAAAGUUUCGGCAUCAGCGGCAUGUUCUUUAGUUAUCUACUGGAUUACCCCCGCCACAUCUGCACAUUUCAUCUUGAUCUGAUCCAUUUUUUGUGUCAGCAGUGCUCGGAAAGCUCUUACAAUGGACUUUCCAUCCUCAAUCCUCUCGCCAGCCGGACUCCGAGUUGUCCUGGAGUCAGACCUGGGCAACCUGGCGGCCUCUGCUGCGGGGUUGGGAAUUCUUUUCCACCUGAGCAUCUUCCGCUCAAGCUUCCCGGUCGAAGACUAUCUCCUCGGCUUACUUGCACUCUAUGUUUCAGCUCUGGUGUCAACGGCAUUGGCUCACUUAUCGUUGACACAAUUCUCGGUCGGCCAAACCCUUUUUAGGGUGGCCUGGAUCUCCUUUGCAUUCAACGUCGGUCUGAUUUCAAGUAUCAGCGUCUAUCGAUUAUUCUUCCACCGUCUACAUCGAUUUCCAGGUCCUAUUUGGUCCAAAUUGACCUCUUUCUAUAGCGCCUACUUGGCAAACAAACAUAUACAAUAUCAUGUGGAAGUCAAGAAGCUUCACCAGGAAUACGGCGACUUUAUCCGAACGGGCCCACGAGAGUUGUGCAUCGUUCGAAAGUCGGCCAUACCUUUGGUCUUUGGCCCGCAAUCUAAAUGCCGCAAGUCGACUUUCUAUGCUCAUGCGUCCACAAACCCCAAGCAGUGUAACAUACACCACACUCGCGACUUUGAGGACCAUCGCAGACGGAGAAAGGCGUGGGAUCGGGGCUUCAAUGUAAAAUCUCUCGGGAUGUACGAGCCUCGCGUUAAGAUAAAGGCGGAUCAGCUAGCUUCCCACAUUCAGAAUAAUCUAGGCCGGCCUAUCGAUGCGACCGCUUGGUCCAUGUUUCUGAGUUUCGAUAUCAUGGGAGAUGUUGGGUUUGGCAAAGAGUUCAACAACCUGACUACGGGGAUCGAACAUCCAGCGAUCAAAGGUGUCCAUGAUCAUAUGGAGAUCCUUGGUGUCAUGACUCACGUCCCGUGGUUUCUGUAUCUGCUCAGCCGUGUCCCAGGAGCGGUAUCCGGUUAUUCGAGCUUCUUCAAGUGGUGUUCAGAUGAGAUUGAAAGGAAGCAGAAGACCUGGGAUGCCACUGCAUACCCCGAAGAUGUUGUUUCGUGGCUCCUGAAAGCAUACGUGGAGAAAGAUAUUUCGGCUCCUCCCUCCAAAGCAGCACUCCACGAUGACUCGCGUGCUAUUAUCAUCGCGGGCAGUGAGACCACAGCUACCACGUUAGCCAGCAUUCUCUACUAUUUGGCUAAGCAUCCAUCGGUGCUAACCAAGCUUCAACGGCAACUGGACGAGGCUAUGCCGGGUGGAGCAAAGGACUGGAGUUACGAAAAGGUCAAGGAAAUCCCAUUCCUUGACGACAUAAUCAAUGAGACCCUUCGACUCCGUCCUGUUUUGAUGACGGGGGGUUCUCGUGUUACCCCAGCCGAGGGGCUACAGGUUGAUGAAGUUUAUAUCCCGGGGGAUAUAAACGUCUUCGUACCGUUUCAGCUAGUUCAGAAUGACAAAAGAUACUACAGGGAUGCCGAGAAGUUCAUACCCGAGCGAUGGGGUGAAAAGAAAGAUGAGAUGGACACCGAUGGUGCUCCCUUCAUACCGUUCUUGUCGGGCCCUUAUAUCUGUCCUGGGAGGAGUUUAGCUAUGCUCAGUCUCCGGAUCAGCGUCUCCACUAUAGCGCAGCAAUACAAUUUCUCGUUGGCCCCUGGUGAGACCGGUGAGACCUUUGAAACGGGAGCGCUGGAUACAUUUACAACGAGUCUGCCUCCUUUGCAGCUUGAGUUUCAACGACGCUGAGCUGGCUUGCUAUGAUUUUGGUGAUAGUUGACUAUGAUGGCACCCUUUCUAGUCUUGCUUUCCCUCUAAUGACACUUUCGUUGAGCUGCUUCU